ACACUUCCAUUACUCUUUUUUCCUUGUUACUUUUCCCCCACACUCACUAGUCACUUCCCCCAUUUUAUUUUACCCUUCAGUUCUCUAAAAAACCCACCAUCCCAACAUUCGCACAACACUAUUCUGGCUCUCCCAACUAUGGAAGCUUUUAGCCUGCUCAAGUACUGGAGGGGAGGCGGUGGUUUGCGGGUUGUUCGUGGUGGUGGUGGUGGUGUUGUUGGUGGUGGUGGUGGUGGUAAUCCUGGUAUUGCCUCUGGAACUACUACUACGAUUGUUACUGCACUCAGUACCCAUCAGGCGGUGGAUACUGAUGAGGAUGACAAUGAUGACGGGCCUUUCUUUGAUUUGGAGUUCGCCGUUCCUGAUGAUGAUGAUGAUGAUGAUGAAGAAGACGAAGCAGAGGAGGAAACAGAGGGGAACGAGAAGAUAGAGCGAGAGAAUGCCGGAGAGGAAGAGGAAAGCGGGUCCGAGUCUGACGGUGAGGAGUUCAACUUUACGCUUUCCUCAGACUCGAGCAACGACCUCACCGACCCGAAUCUUGAGCUGUCGCCGUCAGACGAUUUAUUCUUCAAAGGAAGGUUGGUACCCAUUGAACCCAACUCCUCGAUUGACUCAAAACCGCCUCAAUUCCCGGUGUCCCUGCUGAAAUCCGCCACAAAGUUCCGUGUUUUCUUGUUGAGGUUGAAGAAAUCGAAGCUGAAUGCUGGCGAGAAAACAGGGGAGACAAAUGGGUCUCCGAAGAAACAAGAAGAGAACAACAAUGGAAAUAACAAUAGCAAGUUUUUCUCCGUGAAAUUCAAGGUGGAGGAGGUUCCUAUUGUUUCUCUCUUCACCAGAGACAACAGCAAGUGUCAGAAGCAACAGAACACCGAAGAAUCGGGUUCCGAUGAGAAAAAAUUCUCCAAAGAUGUAAUGCAGAAGUAUUUAAAGAAAGUUAAGCCUCUUUACGUUCGGGUUUCCAGAAGGUACGUAGAGAAACUCCGGUUUUCGGGACAGUUAAGCCUGAACUCCUUAAAGCCCACAGCACCGUCGUCAACAGCGGCGCAGAAAUCGUCUUCAGCGAAAUCUACUGCCGAGAAAGAGAAGCCAGAGGCGGAGGUCGGCGAAAACAAUACUAAUGUGAAGAGCUAUAAACAAGGAAACAUCCCUGCCAGGCUAAGAGUGGUCUGUAAGCAUUUGGGAAAAAGUAGAUCGGCUUCAUCCGCCGUGGCGGCCGUACCGUCUCCGUUUUCCUCCCAGAGGAGAGACGAUUCUCUGUUGCAACAAGAGGAUGGCAUCCAAAGUGCCAUCUUGCACUGCAAAAGGUCCUUCAAUGCCUCCCGAGGUAGCUAAUUUUCCGCAUCAACCCCUUCAGUCAAGGGGAAAAAAAAAAAAAAGAAAAAGAAAGAUACAACUUUUUCAAGUUUCAGUCUUUUUUGGAUUUUUCAUCUGGGUUUUGUUCACAGAUUCAAAUUAAGCCAGAAAACAGUUCCAAGUUUCAAUUUUUAUUGAAUUAAUCAUCUGGGUUAUGUCAACAGAUUCAGAGGCUUCAAUGUUGGCAAGGUCAGUCAGUGAUGCAUCCCAUGAUAAGUCCAUUGAUUUGUCUGAGAAAGAAAGAGAGUGAAUGAUGGACAAUAGAUUGAUGAAUCUUUCAAUCCAAGUGCCAGAAAAUCAAUCAGCAAUAUAAUAUAUAUUUUGCCAGUUUUAUUAUGCUAGUAUUUACUUGGUGUAAAUGUAUUUGUUUUUCAUAUUUCAUUUCAUUAAGUUUUUUUAUGUUCCCACCAGUUUCGUUUCUUUCUCUUUGUGUAUUAUUAUUAAUCAAAGGGAAAGAGGAAUCAGAUCCUUGUACUUAUGUUGAGUGAAUCA